AUGGCGAGACCUUUUGAGAUGAUAACUUUGAAGGAGCAUUUUGAGAUGGUGGUCUUUGACAAACAUGGCCAUGACAUUCAUGUUGUUGUUCCAACUAUCUUCAAGCAAACUUUUGACUCAAUACUCAAGCACGAUAUCCAAGAUAAGCUAAGAAACUUAACCCCUUUUGCUAAUAUAAUAUUUGGGAAGUGGCAAAGGAAUGUUCUUUGUGGAGGGAAACAACCUCAGGUUAACUUGGUGUUGCAUGAUUUGGGGGACACCAAUUUAAAUUAUACACAAUGGGAAGCCUGUGCAAUGGAGUUCUUAGAGUACAAACAAAAACUGGCUGAUUCAACCAAACAAACUGUCAUUCUCCUCAGAUAUGCUAAAGUGAAGGAACAAGGUAAAUUUCCCCCUGCAGUGACAAACACCUACAACCUCACAAUGCUACACAUUAACGAAGAUAUUAAUGUCAUCAAUGAUUUUAUAAAACGGUUGCUUGUGGAUUCUAGCUUUGGGAAGUCAUUAACUACCACUAGCAUCCACACCCGAGGACUAGAUAAGAUAAUCCAAUUAGGAGAGCCUACUUUCUGCAUAACUGUUGCUAUAAUAGACAAACUUAUUGCAUCAAAAAAUGAGAGCUCCUUUUUAUGUCGGGCUGGACACCGUACUAAAGCCGAGAUUUGGAGGUAUAAGAUUUUGAUUGAAGUUAUUCAUGAAGGGAACACGACAAAAUUUGUGUUCUGGGAUCACGAGGCGGCCAUGCUGUUGGAUACUUCUUCCACACAGAUGCGAGCAACCAUGAUACAGGCUGGAAUCACAAACCCACUUGAGUUUCCUCUUGCCCUUGAUGCAAUGUUGGAAAAGAAAUUUGCAUUCAAGGUAAAGUGGGACCUGAAAUGGAAAAGCUCCUUUGUCGUCCAGUUUAUUAAGGAUGAACAACUUAUCGCUCAUCUUGAAGGCCCUCAAGCAAUAAAUCAGAAUGGUGAAAUAACCUCACCCCCAUGUUAUCGAUCCCGCUACCCCUAA